GCUGUAUGUACUGGUAUCGGGUAAUUGGGGUAGAAAUUUUUAUCUGGACCUGGCAACCCUGACUCCAUUAGUAGUCUGCCUGACCGGCAUUGGAUGCUGGUGAUUUUUCUGUGAACAUCUACAUUAAAACAUCAAAACGUCUUACGCGAUGAGAGGCGAUAGGGGCAGGGGCCGGGGUGGCCGGUUCGGGUCACGUGGUGGACUGGUGCAAGGGUAUCGGCCAUUUGUCCCCCACAUUCCCUUUGACUUCUAUGUGUGUGAGAUGGCCUUCCCCAGAGUGAAGGCAGCAGCGGAUGAGACUGCCUUCAGCGAGUGUCUGCUGAAGAGGAACCAGGACCUCAGCCCCACACCCGCAGAGCAGUCCUCUAUCUUGUCCCUGGUCACCAAGAUCAACAACGUCAUCGACAACCUCAUUGUCGCCCCCGGCAACUUUGAAGUGCAAAUUGAAGAGGUACGUCAGGUGGGCUCAUACAAGAAAGGCACCAUGACAACGGGACACAAUGUCGCUGACCUGGUGGUCAUCCUCAAGAUCUUGCCCACGCUGGAGGCUGUCGCGGCUCUCGGCAACAAAGUGGUGGAGACCCUCCGCACACAAGACCCUGCUGAAGUUCUCUCCAUGCUGACGAAUGAGACAGGUUUUGAGAUCAGCUCUGCCGAUGCAACAGUGAAAAUCCUCAUCACCACUGUUCCCCCCAACCUGCGCAAGCUGGACCCCGAACUGCACUUGGACAUCAAGGUGCUGCAGAGUGCUCUGGCCGCCAUCCGACAUGCCCGCUGGUUUGAGGAGAACGCCUCCCAAUCUACGGUGAAAGUGCUGAUUCGCCUGCUGAAGGAUCUGAGGGUGCGUUUCCCCGGGUUCGAACCUCUCACCCCCUGGAUCCUGGAUCUACUGGGUCAUUCUGCGGUCAUGAACAACCCCUCCAGACAGCCCCUGUCACUCAAUGUGGCUUACAGACGCUGCCUACAGAUGUUGGCCGCUGGACUUUUCCUGCCAGGCUCAGUGGGCAUCACUGACCCCUGUGAGAGUGGAAACUUCCGGGUGCACACCGUUAUGACCCUCGAGCAGCAGGACAUGGUUUGUUUCACUGCUCAGACGUUGGUCAGGGUCCUCUCUCAUGGAGGGUACAGGAAGAUCCUGGGCCUGGAGGGUGAUGCCAGCUACCUGGCUUCGGAAAUGUCCACAUGGGACGGCGUGAUCGUCACACCCUCUGAGAAGGCCUACGAGAAGCCGCCAGAGAGGAAGGAAGAGGAGGAUGAGGCGCUGGAGGAAGGAGGAGAUGUCGAGGAUGAAAGCAUGGAGACACAGGAGUGAGGAAGAACCCGGAAAGUGAUGCGCCACCAGUGAGCUGCCAGAGGAUCCUGUGCCACAUCUUUUUAAAUGAACGUUUACCCCUGACCCUUUGAGACCCUUCACUCGCCCCUUUGUCCUUCAAUGAAGUUCAUGUCCACUAAUGAAUUGACUGCAACGACCUGGACCAAAGUUCUCCCACUGGACGGAGAGACUCGCAUAGACUGUUACUGGUCCCUCAACGCCAUCAACAAAAAUGAAAUUCACGGCCUUUCCAGAAAGGGACGGGUGUUGCUAUCUAUUUGUAUUCCGUGUCUUUGUCUGGUUUUUACUUUGUAGCAGCAAUGAUGACUAAAUUAAACAGCUUUUUAAAAAAAAUGUAAUGCCUCUUUACGUAAAUACAGUAAUGCAUACUUUUUAAAUUAUUUUUUUCAAAUGUGUGGCUGGCUGGAUAGAAAACGUAGGCCCCAUGCUUGUGAAAAGACAUACUUCAUUUUCAGAGGUUAGAUCUGGUCGUGUAAUUACCUCCACAGAUCAUUUCCAGUCUAGGUACCCUAAAUUUGACAAACCUUUUUUAGUAUUUAAUUUAUUGGAUCACAGUUAAACUUAAAUGCUGUUUUGCAGUUCAGAUUUGAGAGGUUACUGGUAAGAGGAGCAUUUAAUUCAAAACAUAAUUGUCAACAAAACAAUCUGAUCAUAAGAUGCCAUGUAACUUGUGAAAAACUAACGUUCAUACUCCUUUUUAUAUCAAAACUCAUAAACACGUCACUGAAUAAGGAUCAUGAUUUAAUUGAUGCAAGUGUUAGACAACUUGGUAUUAGUUAUAGGUAGGCUUAUUGUUUUUGGUUACCUUGCUAAUAACCAAACGUCUCCAAAUAAUGCUCUUAAGUUGGCACUGGAAAAUACCUGGAUCUUUUGAUUGGACUCAACAUAUCCUAUUAAAUUGCUUGAGUGGCUCUCUGUCACUAAACCCUCCCUCAACGUUCCAUAAUGGGGUGAAAAUAGCAGCCAUCUUGGUCAGGGAGAAAUCCAAAGCCGGUCUAAUUGGAAUUGAAAAGCAGUAGAGGCAUAAGUAGUGUGUUUCCUGCUUUUACUUAUGCAGGAAAUCAAAGCAAUGCAUGUGAUGUAUCAGAAAUUGUGUAAUGGAAUUAUAGUCAACUGAAAAUGUCAUAAUUUAUCAAUACAGUUUUAUAUGGGUUUUAUACACAUUUUCUGUAUAAAUAGUCUUUAAAAUAUAUGUAAACAGAC